GGCAUUAGGAUGGUUCCAUUCAAUUCCAUGGAACAUUACAUAUCUGAAGGUUUGCGUCUUUCAAGACGAUUAGGCGUCAAAUCUGCGUUAGCUGGUUUAUGGGUCAGCGGUGGGAAAGGUCUGAUAUCUGAGCCAGUUAGUCGUCUACAUAUACAACCAGAAUUUCGGCAGAAAAUAUUUUAUGAUUAUGGCGACUUUUUGUCAUCGUUAAAUGGAUGCUUCAUUGCAGGAAUGGAUACAGGUGUUAACACUUUUGAUCUUUUUAAUGCUCAUACUCAUUCAAGGUGGAUUGUAUCAGGACCAGAAGAUAUUGGUGGUUCUGGAAAUGCAGCUAAUUUACUUGCAAAAGGUUUAUUGUGUGCAAUGGAAGCUGCUUUAAAUUACCUUGGAGCAGGCAAUCUCAAUGGCUUGAAAGUUGCUGUUCAAGGAGCUGGCGGAAUAGGUUUAGCCCUUACGUCAGGUUUGCUUGAAAGGGGUGUAACUCAUGUUUACGUUACUGAUACUAGUAAAAAAAGUAUUGAUGAUCUUCAUGAUGCUUUAGUUUCUAAGGUAUCAAAGCACUAUAAAACUCCAUGGUGCCUGAGGGUGCCAAACCCCAUCAAAAAUAUUCUUGAGGGGGCAGGAUAG